AUGCCUCAAAAGACGUUUAUUCCGCUUGAAAACAACCCUGAAGUCAUGACCAAACUGGCCCAUCGACUGGGACUGUCUCCGGCACUCUCUUUCCACGAUGCAUACAGCCUGUCCGACCCUGAUUUGAUGGCUAUCUUACCUCGACCAGCCAGUGCCCUGCUGUUCACCUACCCAAGUACCGCAACCGCUGAAGACCACUACAACAGGACCAACGAGGCCGAAGGAGGUUACGAAGGUUCAGGCCGCGGGGAACCCGUCAUGUUCUACCGCCAAACAAUACAUCACGCCUGUGGCCUCAUAGGUCUCCUGCACUGCACCACCAAUGGGAUGGCGGCCGACUUCAUCCAGGACGGGAGUGAUCUCGACAAAUUGGUCAAAGAUACAAUUCCUCUCAAACCUGCUGAGCGAGCUCAGUUCCUCCAUGAUUCAGAAAUGCUGGAAACAGCUCACGCCACGGCCGCAGAGUCGGGUGAUAGUACAGCGCCGCCGCUAGGAGAAGAUCCUGGCCAUGCUUUCAUUGCAUUCGUUAAGGGCAAAGAUGGCCACUUGUGGGAGUUGGAAGGGAGAAGAAAAGGGCCGGUCGAUCUUGGUGUGCUUGAGGGGGAUGAGGAUGUAUUGAGUGACAAAGCGCUUAGCUUGGGACCCCUUCCAUUCCUGAAGCGCGAGGAGGAGGCAGGUAGCGGUGACUUCAGAUUCAGCUGUACCGUGCUUGCUCCGAGUAUUGAGGAGUGA